CUCGCUGGCUGUUUGGGCCCACAUAAAGCCCGCUUAUGCCACCUGGUUACACCAGUCGUUUCGGCCCAAUCAAUGUCCCCGAUCCGAUCCGGCUCGGGCUCGCCUCGCUCGCGCACCUUGCCGGGGACCCACCCCCGCCUCCCAUGCCGCAGGCGAGGAGCCCGGCCGCCGGCCCGCGGCGGCGCGUGCUCCUCCUUCCUCUCCUACUGCUGCCCCUGCUGCUCCUCCUCCAUCUGGCCUCCUCGCCGCGCUCGCUCCCCGCGUCCCGCAACCCCGACGCCAGGCUCCAGGCAUGCGAGUACUCCGCCGGCGAGUGGGUGCCCGACGCCUCGGCGGGGUCCUCGCUCCGGUACGACCACACCUGCAAGGAGAUCUUCAAGGGCUGGAACUGCAUCGCCAACGGCAAGGCCAACGGCCGCGCCCUGCUCCGCUGGCGGUGGAAGCCCACCUCCGGCUGCGAUCUCCCCAGGCUCGACCCGCUCCGCUUCUUGGAGCGCCACAGGAACACCAACAUUGGAUUUGUGGGUGAUUCAUUGAACCGCAAUAUGUUUGUCUCGUUGGUCUGCAUGCUCAGGGGAGCGAGUGGAGAGGUUCGCAAGUGGCAUCCAGUGGGGGCAGACCGAGGUUUCACCUUCCUACGCUAUAACCUCACCGUGGCAUACCACAGAACAAAUCUCUUGGUACGCUAUGGUAGGUGGUCAGCAAGUCCAAAUGGAGGCCCUCUAGAAUCUCUUGGAUACAAGCAAGGUUACAGAGUUGAUGUGGAUAUUCCUGACCAAACAUGGGCAGAGGCAUCUAGCUUCCAUGAUAUUCUUAUUUUCAACACUGGGCAUUGGUGGUGGGCCCCUUCAAAGUUUGAUCCAAUACAAUCGCCAAUGCUGUUCUUUGAGAAAGGGAAGCCGAUUAUACCUCCUUUACUGCCACCUGCUGGGCUGGAUUUGGCUCUUCAACUCAUGAUAACUUUUCUGAACAAAGCAAUGAAACCAAAUGCGGUGAAAUUCUUCCGCGCUCAAUCUCCCAGGCAUUUUGAAGGUGGUGACUGGAAUGAAGGCGGAUCUUGUCAGCGUAACCAGCCUUUGUCUUUGGAAGAGGUGGAAGAAUUUUUCUCUCUGGACAAUAACAGCACAAAUGGAGAAUUACGCUUGGUAAACCAACACAUGAUGAAGGCUCUUGAACAGUCUACUUUCAGAGUUUUGGACAUCACUCACAUGAGCAAAUUCAGAGCUGAUGCUCAUCCUUCAACAACUGGCGGGAAAAAGCAUGAUGAUUGCAUGCAUUGGUGUUUGCCAGGACCAACGGAUACGUGGAAUGAUUUGCUAGCAGCAAAUCUUGAGGAUGUUGAUAGGUAGUAUUAGAAAAAUUUAGAGCUUGCAUGAGAAUCUCCCUUAUUUUUUUAGGGGACAUGAAUGUUAAGCAUCAUUUAAUAGGUAAAAUAUUUUUUUUUUUGGGGGCAGAAUACCUAGUUGGUAGUAUUCGCUGCAGCUUGUUCAUAUAGGCGAGAGCAUUCUUUCCACAAUGCCACUAGAAUUCUGGACCCUGUAAAUUUUGACCUCUUUAAAGAGUUUUGCUGAUAUACAAAUGCUAAAAUUUAAAUC